GCGGUGUUUUUGUGGAAAAUAAGUAUGGAGCGCUUGUCGGCCACCGUAGAGCAGGAUGUAUCUAGCGCAGGAUAUCGUUGCAUUCAUGGAAACUGAACCGAAGUGUAUCUAUUUCAUUGAAAUUCGGAGAAGGGAUCUCAUCCGGCGUCGCUGUCUUGCAUCGCAUCUGCCUCGAGUCGGCUGAAAUCUUCCAAACUCACCACAAAUCUAUCUCCACAAUUCUCCAAAGACAUGCACUUUCCCUCGUAUUCCCUACACACGACUCAAAUCUUCACCGCCAAACAUAACCCUUGUCGACAUUCCUCAUAUUCAUCAUCCCGAUUCUAUCCAGUCCAAUUUCUCCUCUCACGCAGCACGAAAAAAUGCGCCCAGAAGGCCUGCACAGCCAGAUUUUUGCCCACCGCUUGCAAGAUCUGCACUCGAAACUCAUCGAAGUAACCAACUCGGGAUCGGGAUCGAUCAAUUAUCGAUAGACUGACUCACUCACAGACAGAGAGAGAGAGAGAGAGAGAGAGAGAGAGAGAGAGAGAGAGGCAGCAGAAGAGGCGGCACAUUCAACCAUGACGUCAAGACAGACACCGCCCAGGAAUUCUGCACAGCAAGAUCUUCGCCCACUGCUGAAAAGAUCUCCGUAGAAACUCAUCAUCGAAGGAACGAAUCGAUCGACCAUUCUGCAGACGACUGUGACCUCUGAACCGAGCGAUUCACAUUUUCGAAAGCAUGGCGUCGAGAGAGGGAUCGCCUGCUCGGUCGGCAUCACCCGCGAGGUCGGGAUCGCCUGCCCGAUCGGGGUCACCGCGGGCAGCAGGGUCGCCGACGGGGUCGGCGUCGGGGUCGCCGCACUACAUGCAGCACAUCCAGUCGAAGGCGACGUCGACGGUGCCGCCACCGAGGUCGCGGUCGCAGUCGCCGAGGUCGAGGUCGCCGCCGCGGUCGAAGUCGCCGAGCAAGCCCGAGGUGGUGAAGGCGGUGCGCCUGCCGCAGUUCGUGCGGCUGAAGUCGCAGGCGCUGUGCCGGUACCUGAUGGUGCACCCGGACCGGCGCGGCACGCCGGGCAAGCUCGUCUUCAGCGGCAAGCAGGACAAAACGAACCCGUUGUACAUGUUCGAGACGGUGCACGUGCCGGGCAUGGCGCAGGCGUGCAAGGUCAAAAGCAUGGCCACGGGCAAGUUCUGGAAGCGCGUGCCGCUGACCAAAGUGCCCGAGUGCAAGAGCGCCAUCGCCGACGGCGGCUUCUUCAGCGUCAUUCUGGCCAAGGGCGAGUCCGAGUUCGACGCCGACGUCUUCACCUACAAGAAGCAGACGCACGAGAUCGGCGGCCUCGAGUCCAAGCUCGUGUCGCUCUGGAGCCAGGACGACCAUAAGUUCGUCGCGCCCUUCUGCGUCAUCAAGGACGAGAAGACGGGCGAUGUGCGCUACUUCCUCGGCUGCAAGCCGGCCGAGGAGAAGUACAACAACACCUAUUACUUCCACGCCAUCUACCACCAGCACUGGCACGUCAAGCCCGACCCCGUCGUCAGCUUGGGCAAGUAUGGAUUCGGAUUCUGAUUUGGUUCGAACGGUUACCAUCUGAAAACUGGGAAUAUCGAUUCAUCGUGAUUUGGCUGCUGCGCAUCUUGCAAGCCUUGUUCCUCUCAGCGCACCAUGACGAUUCAGAUUCAGCUUCUUCUCCUGUGUAAUUUCUUCAUCAUUCCCGAGAGCCUCGACUCCGAGGAGAGGAGAAUGGACUUGUCUGAUUUUGUAAACUCCCUAACAAACUACCACACAUUCAUUCAAUUCGCUGAAAACACUUCUUGCUGCUUUUUUCACCGUCGAUUGCGAGCCUUGCUGUACUUGAGAAGAGUUGUUCAACAGUGAGAUGUUUCCAGCCUAUGGGAACCUGUGCAAGGAAGGGCUCAGAUACUUUGGCUCUGACUCAUCGACAGGUGAAAUCAGAUGGGAUUCACUGCCGGAAAGAGUUCACACCUUGAAU